GAGGUGUUGAUCUCACUGAGUAGGCGUCUGCAGAUCCUAAGCAGUUUGCACGCUGCCUGGUUGAGUUGCGCAGCCUGUACAAGUUAACAAGUUGUUCAUGUUCUGUGUUCUUUUCAAACAGCACCAUUCUUUUGCUGUGUGUGCUGUCAACUGAAUGCUGGGAGUCGGUUUACUAAUCUUCCUCUUAAAAGCAAGCUCUUUAAGUUGAUUCAAACUUAAAUAGUGCUUAAUAGUCCAACGUGAACUGCAGCUGCAAAAACAAGCAUAUCCCCCCUUGCUUGCUCAUUCAAGAGAUCAAUAAAAAGGAGCGCACGGCAGAAGGGAGAGGAGAAACAGCACGCAUCGAGACCGAGAAUGAUUCUUGUGUGGAAAGACGGAGCGGCGUGACCGAGACGCGGCUGAGCCUGGGCUCCGCAGGACUGAGCGGUCAUGCAGCCCGCGGAGCGCGGAGCCGCUGCGCUGCACAGAGGCAGCCCGAGUCGCGCAAGCGGGGGACUGCCAGCACCCUGGGAUGUGGCGCUUAUCUCCAGCGCAUAGAGCGACUGGCCGCAGUCACUGCUUACUGAGAGCGGAGAGGGCUUUAAAGUUCUCAGAUAUGAAAAGGACUACAAAACAUUUCAAGGUUUUGGACCCAAAUGUCAAGUCCGAAGGAGGCUAACUCUGUCAAGGAUCAGCAGUGUGUGACGAGCUAGCAAUACAGUGGGAGUCCUGCAUGAUAAACCUGCUGGGUAUUUCCGAUGUCUCUCUGUGCUGCAUGAUUUUAAAUUGGCCCUUGCCUGGCUGAAAGCAAAAUGAUGAGCUAUGCUAUCAUCUGAUAUCCAAGCAUGGAUGGAGUCAGUCAGAAGAGCAACGCAAGUUAAUGAGACUAUUGCUCUUGUAUUUGGAGCUUAGGACAAGCAAUUACAGAAGGAUUACUUUGACUUUUUCAACAUAGCAUAUUUACUGGAGAAGUAAGCAUCACUGUUCCAAGUUUAAGACAUUGUGUUUUUCGGGAUUUUGGUACUAUUUCUCUAUAUUAUUUUGUUUUGUUUUUUUAUCCCUUUGUUUUUCCAGAAAUUGAACAACAAAAAAAAAAUAAUACUGAUUCCCUCCAUCUUUAAGAGAUGGAGUUUCAGACGCGUCUGUGGAAUAAAGACUGGGUGUCCUUUUUAAAAUCAUGGAUAACCAUUCUCUUAGGCCUCCAUAUUCAGUUUUAUCGGGCAGCUUCUUGUCCACAAGAGUGCCGUUGUGACAAAACGUUUGUUUAUUGUAAUGAGCGGAGCUUGACGUCAGUGCCUCUUGGAAUACAGGAGGGUUACAAGACUCUCUACCUCCACAAUAACCAAAUCAACAAUGCUGGAUUUCCUGUUGAGCUGCACAAUAUUGUUUCCGUGGACACGGUUUACUUGUAUGGGAACCAGCUUGAUGAGUUCCCCAUGAACUUGCCCAGAAAUGUACGGGUGCUCCACUUACAGGAAAAUAAUAUUCAGACUAUCUCUAGAGCAGCUCUUGCCCAGUUGUUAAAACUUGAAGAGCUGCAUCUAGACGAUAAUUCCAUCUCCACCGUUGGAAUUGAAGAGGCUGCAUUUCGGGAAGCCAUUAGCCUUAAACUUUUAUUUUUGUCUAAAAACCAUUUAAGCAGUGUGCCAAUUGGUCUGCCACUUGAUCUCAUCGAGAUCAGACUCGAUGAAAACAGAAUAGCUACCAUUUCUGACCAAGCAUUUCAAAAUGUGACAAAGCUUGAACGCUUAAUUUUAGAUGGCAAUCUUUUGACUAAUGAGGGUAUAGCCAGGGGAACCUUCAAGCCUUUGGUCAAGCUAGUAGAACUUGCAAUGGCUCGGAAUUCCCUCACGGUACCUCCACCUGACCUUCCUGGAGACUUGUUAGAGCGACUCAGCUUGCAGGAUAAUCAGAUGACAGAGAUCCCAGUAGCAACCUUUUCCAAUCUGCAUCAGCUGCAGAAACUGGAUAUUUCAAAUAACCUUCUGCAGUCGCUCACACCUGGGGUCUUUGAUGGGCUUACCAACUUGAAACAGCUCACUGUUCGAAACAACUUGUGGUUCUGCGAUUGCAACAUUAAAUGGGUCACCGAUUGGCUAAAAUCUUUACCGUCAGCGUUAAAUGUCCGCGGGUUCAUGUGCCACAAGCCCGAGAGAGUUCGGGGUAUGGUGAUCAGAGAGCUCAAUAUGAAUUUAAUCAUGUGCCCCAGCACUACAGCUUCGUUAAGUCCAUCUUCAACCGCUCCCAGUUUCCUCACCACUCUUGGUUCCACUCCCGUUUCCUCAACAGCUGUUGCAUUUCCUGGCAAUCCUGACCUGCUUCCACCUUCAGGUACGACAGCUUCGACAAGUUCCCCACUGCCUGAAGUCGAGAAUGAAAGAAGGACUAACGUGCCUCCACAGGAUGUAAUUCAGAUCUCUUUUACUUUUGUGAAUGACUCGUGCAUUCAAGUCAGUUGGACGUCUGUUUUUCUAGUGACAGCCUUCAAGGUCACGUGGGUUAAAAUGGGUCACAGCUUGACGGGGGAUAUCGUACAAGAGAAGGUGGUCAGUGGGGAGCAUCAGAGGAUAAGCCUGGUAAACUUGGAGCCAAAAUCCACAUAUCGCAUUUGUAUAAUCCCCUUAGAUGCUUUUAAUAACUAUCGUCCAGGGGAUGAUACUGUAUGUUCGGUGGCCACCACUAAACCUGCUGCUUUUAAUUCUAACAAUAAGGCUUCGGGGCCAGAGCAAGCUACUCAACAGAACCCAAACUCUCCCUUCCUCCUGGCCGGUUUAAUAGGAGGUGCUGUAAUCAUCGUCCUGGUUGUUUUGCUAAGCAUAUUCUGUUGGCACAUGCACAAGAAAGGAGGUUAUGCCUCCUCUAAGUGGAAAUACAACCGAGGGCGCAGAAAAGAUGACUACUGUGAAGCUGGAACUAAAAAGGAUAAUUCUAUCCUGGAAAUGACUGAAACAAGUUUUCAGAUAGUGUCUCUGAAUAAUGAACAGUUUGUGAAAGGAGAUUUCAGAAUACAACCCCUGUAUGCACCAAACGGAGACAUUGGCUUCAGAGACUGUCAUAUAGGGAACAACAUUACGUACUGCAAGGGUAGCGUUCCAGAUGUCGAAUUCUGCCACACAUGAUAAUUUGCCUCUUUGUAAUAAUUAUUACAUUUGAUAUGUGUGUAUGUGUGUGUGUGUGUGUGUGUGUGUGUGCGUGUGCAUGUGUGUAUG